AUGGCUCUGCUGCCCCUCUCCUGCAGCCCUGCAGCAGUGGGAGCACAAAGCCUGACCUUUGAGAUCAGUGGAGAGGGGAAGCUGCCUCAGGUGAGGGUCCUGCGCCCGGUGCUGAAGGACAGGAGAGGGAACCCCCUGCUGCUCUUCAGGAAGCUCCUGCUGGGUGCCUGGGAGAAGCUGCCCCUGGUCCUGCAGAACUCUGGUGCUGUCCCUGCCCAGGUGCUGAUGGACCUGCUGGACGAAGAGGGAGUUUUCUUCUUGAAAGCCAGCCCCACCACCAAAUGCCUCUACCAAGCUGUGGGCAUGAAGGACUCUGCUGGAGAAGAGAAGAAGCUCCACACUGCCUCCCUGCUCCUGCGUCGUGGGGAGGUGGCAGAGUUUGAAGUGGUUUUCAAACCCACCCUGGCCCAACGCCUGGAAGGGAAGGUCCACCUGUCAGUGCUGGACAACCCCUCUGAGGCCACCAUCAGGCUGGUGGGUGAAGGCUAUGAAGAUGACUUCACCCUAGACAACAUCCAAGGCCUGGUGGCAGACAGGGAGGAGCAGAACCUCACUGAGAGCAGCCUGGAGGAGGAGGACAUCAUUGAGGCUGCCUCAGGAGACCACAUCCAGUUUGGGUUCUGUCCCAUUGGCGCUCCCUGCACUGUGACCUUCACCAUCACCAACCGCAGCAGGGUGCAGGCCCUGCGCUUUGAGUGGCUGCCUGAGGCCCCCUUCCACUUCUCCCCCCAGGUGGGACACCUCCAUGCUGGCUGUGCUAAGGACAUCACAGUGACCUUGCAAUCAGAAGUCGAGGUCACCUUCAAAAGGCACCCUGUGAAGUGUCAGGUGUCCAGGAUCUCCUUCCAGCUGCCACCAGAGGAGGUCCCUGACUGGGACGACCGCCUGCGUGCCAUCAAGUGGGUGGAUACCACAAGGGCCCCAGGUGCCAGGUGGCCUGUCAAGAAGAAGGUGAGAAGCACAGCAGCAAAAGCUACCUGA